AUGGACGUCAUAUCAGACAUUAUUAAGGCGUUUAGAAGGCCUGUUGAUGUACCCACCCAUAUUAGGAAACUGCAACAACUUCUGCCUCUUUUAGCAGUCCAAGACAGCAUGUUGAAACAGAGAAUAAAGAGUUAUACAUUGUCAUCAAUCUCCAGCCAAGGGGUUGUGGAAAUACGAAAACUCAAAAAAAUUCAGGGAAAGUAUGCGCGUUUGAAGCGUAAGCUCACACUACUUCAACGACAAUACAAAGGUCACCCACUGAAGCAAGCAAAGCGUGUUCUUUAUUACAUCAAAAUAUUGGAAAAGGUGGUGCACGCAACAGAUAUCAGAAUGACAGAAAUGCAUCGACAAAUACAGGGCGGACACUAUAGCCAAUCCAAUGACUCAGUUAUGGAGGAAUGUGCAGACGUCUUACAUGUAAUGCAUCUGCAGACAAGUAGUAGCAGACAAGCCAGUCAGAACAGUACAGCUGGAUACAAGACAAGAUUGAAUUUGGGCCCUCCAACCUACACCUGUCAAUAUUGUCAGGCAAUUCUGUGGUAUGAGGAACGGACAGGCAAAAGUAAAAAUACACGACAACCUAAAUUUACACUUUGCUGUAUGGAAGGACGAAUUUGUGUACCAUUACUGACUCAAUCACCACCGUACCUCAAAUAUCUAUUGGGCAAUGAAUCCGAAAAAGUGGGGAUGAACUUUAGGAAAAAUAUUAGGGUAUGUAACUCCAUGUUUGCAUUUACAUCAAUGGGAGGUCGAGUUGACAGAUCAAUCAAUCGUUCUAAGGGUCCUUAUGUAUUCAGAAUAAGUGGGAAAAAUUAUCAUCACAUAGGCUCACUAUUACCAGAAAUUGGAAAAAGUCCACAAUUUGCACAACUCUAUAUAUAUGACACGGAUAAUGAGAUAGAGAAUAGAAUAAAAAGUCUGAUGCAUGAAGAAGUUGAAACAAAAAUCGUACAAGGAAUAUCUGAAAUGCUAGACGGGCAUAAUGUUUUGGUUAAAUCAUUUCGUAUGGCAAGGGAUAGAUACUUAGAACAACCACAAGCAGAGUUCCGUAUGCGCAUCCUAUCUGAAAGGACCCAAGAUGGCCGACAAUACAACAGACCAACGGCUUCUGAAGUUGCUGGAUUAAUCGUAGGAGACCUUACAGAUGCUAACUUUCAGCGAGAUGUCAUUGUGGAACACCGCAAGAACGGACUGCAAAGGAUCACAGAUUUACACCCAUGUUUCAUGUCGAUGAAUUACCCAUUAAUACAUCCAUAUGGGGAAGAUGGAUAUAGGCUUGGAAUACCUUUAGAUUCUGCAAGUCAAAAAACAUACACUCGGACAAAUUUGACAAUGAGACAAUUUUAUGGAUACCGCAUACAACAACGCCUCAAUGAGGGACACACUCUCCUCCAAGCUGGCAGGCUAUUUCAGCAGUACAUUGUGGAUGGUUACAUGGCAAUUGAAGAAGAAAGAUUUAGGUACAUCCGGAAAAAUCAACAGAAAUUAAGGUCUGAUCUUUAUGGUGGCUUAAUGGAUGCUAUUGUACGUGGAGAUUCAGAUUGCUCAAUGGUGGGAAAAACUAUUAUACUACCUUCCUCCUACACUAGGGGACCUCGCUACAGGGCACAAAAUUAUCAAGAUGCAAUGGCUAUAUGUCGGUGGGCUGGAUACCCAGAUUUGUUCCUAACUUUUACUUGCAACCCAAAGUGGCCGGAAAUAAAUGCAAUGACGAGACUAAUAAACCAAGAUCCUAAUAGUUGCCGGGUGGACAUUAUAUGCCGAGUCUUCCAGAUCAAGUUGUUGCAGCUAAUGCAAAUUCUUAAAAAGGAUAAGCCUUUCGGGACAAUAAUUGCGUGUAUAUAUACAAUUGAGUUCCAGAAACGAGGCUUGCCACAUGCUCAUAUACUGCUUUUCCUUCAUGAAACACAAAAAACCCCCACAACAGAUCAUAUCGACAAAGUAAUAUCCGCUGAAAUACCAGAUUACAGAGAAGAUCCAGAUGGGUAUAAUGCCGUGAAAAACUUCAUGAUGCACGGACCGUGCGGAGAACAAAAUCCCAGUUGCCCAUGUAUGAAACAAGGUAUUGAAGUCAAGAAAAAUGGUGCCAGCUUAGACAACCGAUAUGUUGUCCCAUAUAACAGGGACUUGCUUGUCCAGUUUGAUGCACAUAUAAAUGUUGAAGUAUGCAAUUAUGCGAGGUCGGUCAAGUACCUAUUCAAGUAUGUUCAUAAAGGGUCUGAUAGAGCCACAUCAAUAAUAGAAUCAACCGAUACACCAACAGAAAACGAUGAGAUAAAAAAAUACCUAGAUUGCAGAUACAUAUCGGCCACAGAAGCUUGCUGGAGGAUCUAUUCAUUUGAUAUACAUCACAGGCAACCAGCUGUUGAGCGCUUACCAUUUCAUUUACAGGGCCAAAACACAAUAAUAUUUGAAAAAUCAAGGACAGCUGAAAGCGUACUAAGCAGACACGAUUUAGAAAAAACAAAAUUUACAGAAUGGUUUGAGGCAAACAAAGAACACCCUGAUGCAAGAGAGCUGACAUAUUCCAAUUUUCCAACGCGUUGGGUUUGGAAUGGAAGAGACAAAAAGUGGACCAGGAGGAAGAAGGGGCACGCAGUUGGCAGAAUUUACUUUGCACAUCCAGGAAGUGGAGAACGUUUUUACAUGCGUAUGCUGCUAAAUUUUGUCAAAGGGUGUACUUCCUUCGAAGGCAUCAGAAAAAUCAAUAGAGUGUCAGAUACACGUAAGCUAUGGGAGAAUAACUACGGAAUAUUAUCUGAAGAUAUCACGCAUAUCCAGCGAAAGAGAUUACAAUUCAAUGAUUUGCAGCUAAACACAAAGCAGAUUGAAGCGUACACACUAUUUGAGAUUGAAAGCAUCCUUCUAACUAUGGGGAGAAGUUUGAAAGAUAUAGAAGGAAUGCCCCUUCCAGAUUCAGCAUUAAUGCGAAAUGUAGGGAAUCGCCUAAUCAAUGAAGAGCUAGACUACGACAAAGACAAGCUCCAAAUACUCCAUGAUCAAUCACUCGCUUUGUUAAAUACAUGUCAACGCCCGGCAUAUGAGGCAAUAAUAACAUCAGUGGAUAACGAAGAAGGGAAAUUAUUUUUUAUACACGGCCAUGGUGGUACGGGUAAGACAUUUCUGUGGAAUACUAUUAUUUCAAAGAUCAUAUCACAAUCAAAAAUCGUUCUCCCCGUCGCUACUUCAGGUAUAGCAACUUUAUUAUUACCAAAUGGUAGGACUGCUCAUUCGCGAUUUCAUAUUCCUCUAGACAUCACGCCAGAGUCAACAUGUGAAAUCAAACAAGGCAGUCAAUUAGCGGAACUACUUAAAAAGACCGCUUUGAUAAUCUGGGAUGAGGCACCAAUGGCAAACAAAUUGUGCUUUGAGGCAUUGGACAGAACCUUGAGGGAUAUUCUCCGAGAUAUAUAUGAAAAUAGUGCCAUGAAACCUUUUGGGGGCAUAACUUUCGUAUGUGGUGGUGAUUUCCGCCAAAUACUCCCGGUUAUUCCAAAGGGAACAAGAGGUGAUAUUGUGGAUGCAGCGCUGAACUGCUCACAGUUGUGGCCCUACUUCUCAAUUUAUGAAUUGACGGAAAACAUGAGACUUAGCUGUGGAAAAGUCAAGGGUUCUGAAGCACGGAAAAUAGCAAGUUUUGAUAAAUGGCUUUUGCAGAUUAGAGAUGGAUCCGUUUAUGCAGAUAAUAAGAAGGACCUCAUUCAUAUGCCCGCUGAUGUAUACAUUCUAACAUCGCACAAUCAGAUAGAAUCCAUUGUAGAGGCAGUAUAUCUGUCCCUGCUACAGAACUAUAACGACCCAUCCUACUUGAAAGAAAGAGCCAUACUCACACCAAAAAAUGAAAUGGUCCAUGAACUGAAUGAGAAAAUUCUGAAGCUGAUACCUGGGGAAGGAAGAACUUACUAUAGCUCGGACAAUGUGUGCAAAGCAAGCGUGAAUACUAAUGAGGAGGAUAUAUUGUACCCAACAGAAUUCCUAAACAACUUGCGAUUCCCAGGUAUCCCAAACCAUGACAUUCACUUGAAAGUAGGAAGUCCGGUUAUGCUGCUUAGAAAUCUAAAUCAAACUGAAGGCCUAUGCAAUGGUACAAGAUUAAUAAUAACGCAUCUGGGUAUUUGGUCUGUUACUGCAAACAUAAUCUCUGGAAAGAACAUCGGUUCAAGAGUCACAAUACCAAGAAUUAUCAUGUCACCAAACGAUUCAAAGUGGCCUUUCAAACUCAACAGGCGCCAACUUCCUUUAGCACCCUGUUAUGCUAUGACCAUCAACAAGAGCCAGGGGCAAACUCUUCAAAGAGUUGGGUUGUAUCUACCAAAACAAGUAUUCACCCAUGGCCAAUUGUAUGUCGCAAUAUCACGUGUAACAAAAAGAGAAGGAUUGACAAUUGUCAAUGCGGACGAGGACACAAAUGACCCUACAUACAUAAAAAAUAUUGUUUACAGGGAAAUCUUCCAAAACGUUGGCCCAAGAAUAGUGCAAACUGAGGAGGUAUUUCUUAGCAAUUAA